AUGGCACCGCUUCCAAUCAAGUUUACGGAGUUGCUACAGUUGACGAAUCUUGACAUCGUGGUAUGUAUCGCAUCCCCCUUCUCACUCUACAAUCGGCUCGGGAUUUGCGACCUCGGAUUGGGACAUGCGGCCUCUUUCAAAUGUGUGGCCAAAGCUGACAUGGUAUCUGCCUUAGCCGGCAUCCAUUGGAUUCAAUUCAUGUGUAAGUGUCCUCUCUACGCCUCUGCAGGACGAGCAUCUGGCUCACUGUCGCGUGUGAGAUCUAUUCAGACCCUUGAAUCCGAUAAAUUCGUCUGCAUUCGCCAGAAACUAUCGGAAAAUGACAAAACACAAGUCAUCAUCAUCGACCUAAAAAAUAACAAUGAAGUCGUCCGCCGCCCCAUCAACGCCGACAAUGCCAUCAUGCAUUGGAGCAAGAAUAUCAUUGCUCUAAAAGCUCAGGGUAGGACCGUCCAGGUAUUCGAUCUCCAGGCCAAGGAGAAACUGAAGUCAGCUGUCCUCACGGAGGAUGUCGUGUACUGGAAAUGGUUCAGCGAGACAAGCUUAGGCUUAGUGACGGAGGCCGCGAUUUAUCAUUGGAAUGUGUUCGAUCCGUCACAACACGCCCCAUUGAAGAUGUUUGAUCGCAUCUCAAACCUCAACGGAUGCCAAAUCAUUAGUUACAAAGUCAAUGAAGACCAGAAAUGGAUGGCCGUUGUCGGUAUCAGCCAGCAGCAGGGACGCAUCGUAGGAACAAUGCAACUUCACUCUGUCGAACGGGGCAUUUCGCAGCACAUCGAAGGCCACGCCGCCACCUUCGCUUCCAUCUCCGUCGAAGGCUCGCCUUUGCCCCAUAAACUUUUUGCUUUUGCGGUCCGCACCCAAACCGGAGCAAAAUUGCAAAUUGCGGAGAUUGACCACCAGGAGCCGAACCCCAAGUUCCCCAAGAAAGCCGUCGAGAUUUACUUCCCACCAGAAGCUACAAACGAUUUCCCAGUUGCGAUGCAAGUUUCCAAAAAAUACGACAUCGUAUACCUGGUUACGAAAUUCGGUUUCAUCCAUCUUUACGACCUAGAGUCAGGCACCUGCAUUUUCAUGAACCGUAUCUCUAGCGAGACGAUUUUUGUUACUACCCCGGAUUCCGAGUCCACCGGUCUUGUUGGUGUCAAUCGCAAAGGCCAAGUUCUCUCCGUCAGCGUCGACGAAAGCACCAUCAUUCCUUAUCUUCUCGAUAACCCAGCUAACACAUCUCUUGCUGUUAAACUGGCUGCCAAGGCCGGCCUGCCAGGCGCAGAUAACCUGCUCCAGAGACAGUUUGAAACGCUCCUUACACAGCAAAAUUAUAUGGAGGCUGCCAAAGUUGCCGCAAACUCGCCACGUGGGUUUCUCCGGACCCCGGAAACUAUUAACCGUCUAAAGAGUGCACCUCAGAGUGCUCAAGGAAUGUCUGUCAUUCUUCAGUACUUUGGGAUGCUGUUGGACAAGGGUACUUUAAACAAACAUGAAAGCAUUGAAUUGGUUCGACCGGUCAUGCAGCAGAGUCGAAAGCAUUUGCUUGAAAAAUGGUUGGGCGAGGACAAGCUUGAAUGCUCUGAGGAGUUGGGCGAUAUUGUACGGCCAUACGAUAUCGGACUUGCUUUGGGGAUUUAUUUGAAGGCAAAUAUUCCACACAAGGUUGUUGCUGGCUUUGCGGAAACCGGGCAAUUCGAUAAAAUCCUGGCGUACUCAAGGCAGGUCGGGUUCCAACCCGACUACGUCCAGCUUCUUCAACAUAUUGUCCGCGUUAAUCCUGAAAAGUGUGCUGAAUUUGCCGGGCAGCUAGUCAGUGAGGAAAGCGGAGCGGCCGUGGAUCUCGACCGUGUAGUUGAUGUUUUCAUUUCCCAGAACAUGAUCCAGCAGGCGACAGCAUUUUUACUCGAUGCUCUCAAAGAUAACAAACCGGAACAUGGACACCUUCAAACCCGCCUUUUGGAAAUGAACCUUGUCAAUGCGCCCCAAGUUGCCGAUGCUAUUCUUGGAAACGAGAUGUUCACCCAUUACGACAAGGCUAGAAUCUCACAACUCUGCGAGAACGCCGGAUUGUACCAGCGUGCCUUGGAGAAUACUGAAGAUCCGGCGGUGAUCAUGCGCAACAUUGUGCGGACCGACAAAUUGAAUCCUGACUGGUUGACAAACUAUUUUGGGCGAUUGUCCGUUGAACAGUCAUUGGAUGCUAUGAACGAAAUGUUGAAGGUGAACUUGCGGCAAAAUCUUCAAGCGGUUGUCCAACUCGCUACUAAAUUCUCGGACUUGCUAGGCGCAAAUAACCUGAUUUCUCUGCUCGAGAAAUAUCGAACUGCAGAGGGCCUGUACUAUUACCUGGGCAGUAUCGUGAAUUUGAGUGAAGAUCCCGACGUCCAUUUUAAAUAUAUCGAGGCGGCGACUAAGAUGGGACAAAUGACGGAAGUGGAGCGGAUUUGCCGUGAAAGCAACUAUUAUAAUGCGGAGAAAGUCAAGAAUUUCCUCAAGGAGGCUCGCCUUACUGAGCAGCUUCCUCUUAUUAUUGUCUGCGACCGGUUCAACUUUAUUCACGAUUUGGUACUUUACUUGUAUCAGAAUCAACAGUACAAGUCUAUCGAGGUGUACGUUCAGCGAGUGAACCCAUCACGAACUCCGGCGGUUGUUGGAGGACUCCUUGAUGUUGAUUGCGACGAGGGUAUUAUCAAAAACCUGCUCUCCACUGUGGAUGCCUCGUCCAUACCCAUCGACGAGCUCGUAUCUGAAGUUGAAAGUCGAAACCGCUUAAAGAUCCUUCUCCCGUUUCUUGAGAACACCCUUUCUACUGGUAACCAACAACAGGCGGUCUACAAUGCUCUCGCAAAAAUUUACAUUGACAGUAAUAACAAUCCUGAGAAAUUCCUGAAAGAGAACGAUCUCUAUGAUACAUUGGUGGUCGGUAAAUACUGCGAGAAACGCGACCCUAAUUUGGCUUACAUUUCGUACCGAAAAGGCCAGAAUGACCUUGAGCUGAUCAACAUCACCAACGAGAACUCAAUGUACCGCGCCCAAGCACGAUAUCUUCUCGAGCGCGCCGAUUCCGAAAUCUGGGCUUUUGUUCUCAACGGAAACAACAUCCAUCGUCGCUCUCUUGUUGACCAAGUCAUUGCGACCGCCGUUCCAGAGUCCGCUGAGCCUGAUAAGGUAUCUGUUGCCGUCAAAGCCUUCCUCGAAGCGGACCUCCCUACGGAAUUAAUUGAGCUUCUAGAGAAGAUAAUCUUAGAGCCAUCUCCGUUCAGCGAUAAUGGCAGUCUCCAGAAUCUCUUGAUGCUCACGGCAGCCAAGGCGGAUAAGAGCCGGUUGAUGGACUAUAUCCACAAACUCACGGAGUUCAAUGCGGAGGAGAUUGCCAACAUGUGCUUAUCGGUUGGCUUGUACGAAGAAGCCUUUGAGAUUUACAAGAAAGUCGACAACCACAUCUCGGCGACAAACGUCCUUGUGGAUUAUAUUGUCAGUAUUGAUCGAGCACAAGAGUAUGCGGAGCGAGUGGAACUCCCCGAGGUGUGGAGUAAAGUUGCCAAAGCUCAGCUUGACGGGCUCCGUGUUUCCGAUGCGAUCGCUUCGUAUAUCCGUGCUGGCGACCCGUCUAACUAUAACGAAGUCAUUGAAACCGCGACCCAUGCUGGUAAAGACGAGGAUCUUGUUGAGUACUUGAAAAUGGCCAGGAAGACGCUCCGAGAGCCGGCUGUCGACACUGCACUAGCGCUUUCGUAUGCCAGAUUAAAUCAACUCCCUGAGCUUGAAGACUUCCUCCGUGCCGUUAACGUCGCCGAUGUUGAAGCCUCUGGUGACAAGGCCUAUGAAGAGGGAUACCAUGAAGCGGCCAAAAUCUUUUUCUCCAGCAUAUCAAACUGGGCGAAACUGGCAACCACUUUGGUCCACCUUGAGGACUACCAGGCGGCAGUCGAGUGUGCCAGGAAAGGAAAUAAUGUCAAGGUGUGGAAGCAGGUGAACGAGGCGUGUGUUGCUAAAAAGGAGUUUCGACUGGCUCAAAUUUGCGGACUCAAUCUUAUUGUCCACGCCGAGGAGCUCCAGGAUCUGGUCCGGCAGUAUGAGCGCAAUGGGUAUUUUGACGAACUCAUCGCAUUACUCGAGGCCGGUCUCGGUUUAGAACGGGCACACAUGGGCAUGUUCACUGAGCUUGGCAUUGCCUUGUCGAAGUACCAUCCGGAUCGGGUCAUGGAGCAUCUGAAGCUCUUCUGGACUCGCAUCAACAUCCCCAAGAUGAUCCGCGCAUGCGAGGAAGCGAACCUGUGGCCCGAGCUUGUGUUCCUGUACUGCCAUUACGACGAAUGGGACAAUGCAGCGUUGGCGAUGAUGGAGCGAGCGGCUGAUGCAUGGGAACACCAUUCGUUCAAGGACAUAAUCGUCAAGGUGGCAAAUCUGGAGAUCUAUUAUCGAGCGUUGAACUUUUAUCUCCAGGAGCAACCUCUACUGUUGACGGACUUGCUCCAGGUGCUUACUCCACGAAUCGACGUCAACCGGGUUGUCCGCAUGUUCGAGAAGUCUGACAAUAUCCCGCUGAUCAAGCCGUUCUUGUUGAACGUGCAGACCCAGAAUAAGAAGGCGGUGAACAAUGCGAUCAAUGACCUGUUAAUUGAGGAGGAGGACUACAAGACGCUUCGUGAUUCGGUUGAGAACUACGACAACUACGAUCCGGUUGAGCUUGCGCAGCGGCUGGAGAAGCACGAGUUGGUGUUCUUCCGGCAGAUAGCGGCCAGCAUUUACCGCAAGAACAAGCGGUGGGAGAAGUCGAUCUCGCUGUCGAAGCAGGAUAAACUGUUCAAGGACGCCAUCGAGACGGCGGCGAUUUCGGGCAAGACGGAGGUGGUGGAGGAGCUGCUGCGCUACUUUGUGGACAUUGGGAGCCGCGAGUGCUACGUGGGGAUGCUGUACGCGUGCUACGAGCUGAUCCGGCCGGACGUGGUGCUGGAGGUAUCGUGGCGGCACGGGCUGCACGACUUCACGAUGCCGUACCUGAUCAACGUGCUGAGCCAGCAGGUGCGCACGAUCGAGACGCUGAAGCAGGACAACGAGGAGCGCAAGGCGAGGGAGGCGGCACAGCAGAAGGAAGAGGACAACACGCCGGUGCUAGGGGGGUCGCGACUGAUGCUAACGCAGGGCCCCGGCAGCCCGGCAGGGCAUGCCAUGCCGUUUGGCGGAGCGACGAACGGGAUCACGCCGCAGGCGACUGGGUUCCGGCCCUUUUAA